UGCAUCCUUUCAUAUUCCCUUUGCUCCGCUCAAAAAUCAAAAUUCCUCACGACCGCUGAGCUGUAAACACUAGACGGCCAAACCUGACGCGCGGACUCCUCCAAAGUUACAGCACCACCGGCGCUUGCUCCACAGGACCGGCAGGGAAUGCUUGGGAUAUCAGAAUCUAAGGCUGAUUCGCUUCAUCUCUCGUCUUUCAGCCCGCCCCAACUCAAGAUUCGCAAUGGGUAUGCUGGUUUGUUUGAAUUUAACUGGUUUGGGGCCUGGAGGAUGAUGCUUUGACUUGGGUUUGGGGUGGCGGGGUUGGCCCCAUGUGUGCUGGGUGCAUGGGGUGAAAUGGGGACGCAAAUGCCGAUGUAUCUGUUUGUGGUGGUCCAUCAAGCUCUGCGUGUAUGUCAUAAUGCAUUGUGGUCUGAGUUUGUAUUGGGCUGUAGCAGCGGCAUCGGUGCUAGCACGGUCCUGGUUACUCGAAUUGAAAUUUCGUUUUUGUAUUUGAUACAAGCAACGAAUCGGCCUCCAAGCUAAUACUAAAUUUUCUGGAAGAGAAGGAUGUCCAGAGAACCAGGGGGAAAGGGGAAGAAAAAUGUCAGAGCUUUUUUGAGUGAAGGCAUAGAGGAUGCACAACAAAAUUCAGUUUUUGGAAUAUAUUCUGAGGUAGAAAUGAUAGCUCGGCUUAAACAACUUGCUCUGGAUCCUUGUAAACCGCAGUUUGCAUGGGAUAAUUUACAGCAAUUGCAAACUCAGAUUCUUAGAGUCAGAAAGAUUAUGGUCCUUGAAGAUUCUCACAUUCCUUGGAGGAAACGGAAACUUGAGCAGUUUGUCAAGGAUAAGCUGAGAGCUCCAUCUGGCUUUGCUAUGCCCAAGCAACAAAAUAGAAUAACACUGCAGAGGCAGUUAUCCCAUGCCUCAUCAGUUUCAUGCUUGCUUGAUUCAAUUGCCUCUACUGAAUCUGAUUACAAGAGAACUCCAUUCAACUCUCUUAGUGUGAGCAGUUUAUUGACGUUUGACGAUACUUUACCUGAAAAACAUGCAUCAGAAAGUUCCUUCAUGGAUAAUAUGGUACAUUGGAAUUGUCCCAGCAAAGAUGUAUCUUUGAUGGCAGAUUCUGAUGAAUCUGUAAAUGGUUCAAACUCUUCUAGCCAAGAGAAGCAACAUCCUAAUAAGGCACCAUCCAUAGAAAUUAAUAAUGAAAUUCACUAUUUGAGCUCGUGGACGUUGGAUGGACCAAGCAGGAGACACCGUGACCAAACUCUCCUCUCAAUCAGGUUGCAGAAUAUCAUUGGAGACCAUCUACAAAGAAAGGCUAUUCCAAUUGGGCCCCGAUUCCAGGCCGAUGUCCCUGCGUGGAGUAACACAGUGAACAUAACUAUUCUUAUCAAUACAUAUAAUAGUGAUUCUGAUAAUGCCAAGUGGUUGGGGACCCGAAUUUGGCCAAUUGAAACUGGAAAUAUGAAAACUACUGCAAGAACAAUUGGAAAAGGGAGGCAAAAAAUUUGCUGCUGUGUAUCUCCGGGAUCUGUUGAUUGCAUUAGACGACACAUACUUGAGAAAAGGCUACUUCUGCAGAGUGAUCUUGGUCCUGCUUUCUUUAGUUGGAAGUUUGAUGAGAUGGGUGAGCAAGUUUCAAAGUCAUGGACGCUGAAAGAGCAACAAACUUUUGAGUCACUAGUGCAAAUGAGAUCAUCAUGCAAGGGCAAGAACUUUUUGAAGCAGGCCUUGAAGUGUUUUUCCAAAAAAUGUAGGAAUGACGUUGUCAAUUAUUACUUUAAUGUUUGUAUUCUGAGGAGAAUGAGCGUGCAGGCAAGAUCUUCUUCUGUGAACCGAAUUGAUACUGAUGAUGAGGAGGAAGAAGUCAAUUACAUGGGUAUGCAGAAAAGAUCUGAAUGCAGGACCCUUGUCAGGACUAAUAAAUAUGUAAGGGCUCAAUAAUCUUUUUCGGGCUUCUCAGCAGUUAAGUUUGCGUAAGCUCACAGCAAUCCAUGAGUCCCUUGAGAAGUUGAGAGUGAACAAAAUGAUGGUAAUCUCAAAUCAUUUCACGGUUCAGGCUAAAAUGACUAUCACAUCAGCAUCUGGGAAAGAGGAAGUUCAUCCAUUGCUAAUGUUGAAUCUGGGUCUACCUGUAAUGAGCUGAGCUGCAUCAAGGAUUGGCAGCACUGUUCUGUUCUCGAGGCAAGUAACAGGGAGAAGGGGCAAGUAUCGCCAUGCAUUUGGUAAGUUGUCGUGAUGCAACGAUAAUAUGUCAAUGUUUGGAGCAUGCAGGUUGAGGAAGGCAUUUUGGUGUUAAGAUGCUAACUUUGGCCAAGUACAGUUUGUGCCUUUGUUCAUAUUUCAGAAAUCCACUCUGUCAUAAUUCAAACAUUUUCAAACUCACCCCAAGCUACUAUGAAACAAAACUAAAAAGGGUUCUGAAGUGCAUCAACUUUUUGACAAGAGGGCACUUUGAGAGAAGAAACAAAAGAAGAUAAUUGCCUCA